CUUCACUUCCUGUUCUUCACUACUCGUCCCAACAUGCAUCGCUUGGAGAACUUCAUUUGGCUGUUUUGUUUUUAGUUUUACAAGUCAAUCCCUUGUGUUAUAAAGCCACUCGACGCCAUGUUUACCACCACUGGUUCCCGGGGUUUGUACAAGGCGCCUCUGUCUAAGGGCCUCCUGCUGGUGCUUAGUGGGCUGACGGUGAUGCUCAGCCUCCUUCCACAGUACCAACACAUGUUCGAGUACAACCUUCAGGCUGUCAGUCAGCAGCAACAAGUGUGGAGGUUGUUGUGUGGCCGGCUGGUGUGUCUCGACGUGAAAGACUCCUUCUGCAGCGGCUUGCUCAUCUACAAUUUCAGGAUCUUUGAGAGGAGGUUUGGCUCCAGGAAGUUUGCUUCUUUCAUGUUGGGUACUUGGUGUCUCUCUGCACUACUGGACCUCCUAUUGGCUCAGGCUGUCUACUUUCUCUUUGACUACGAGGUGGAGGAGCUUCCUGCAGGACUGCUGGCCCCGGUCUUCUCCCUCUUUGUGCCUUUUUACUGGUCCAUCCCUAAGGUGCCCGUCACCCAGGUGCUGGGCCACAUCAGCAUCACCAACAAGACUCUGGUCUACAUAGUCGGGCUGCAGCUGUUGACAUCCAGCCCUUUCAUGUGGCUACUGGCGCUCAGCGGACUGAUCUCAGGUGGUUUGUACCACGGCAACAUUCUCUGGGUGCGGAAGAUUCUCUUUGUGCCCGCUUGGUUCUGUUUCGUCGCACGUUACAUCCUGGAGCCCAUCUUUUCCAGCUCACAACCAACCGGCGAGGCUCCUCUCGGGAUGGGCGCCACCCUGGACAUCCAGAGACAACAGCGGAUGGACCAACUGGAUCAACAGCUGCUGCUGGCCCAGUUCAACGAGGCCCACCUGAACGCCAGACAAACGCCACAGGCCGGGUUGCUACAGUGGACCAGAUUGUUUCCCACGCUGAGGCAAAGAGCACAGAACCGGGCCCCCGCGCAGCCCGGCCCACAGGCUCAGACGCACCCCUCCGCUCAGGCGCCGCCACUGGACAACUCUGUUGCAGAGGAACAGGUCGCAAGGCUGGUAGAAAUGGGUUUCUCCAGAAUGGACGCCCUGGAGGCCCUCAGAGCGUCAAACAACGACAUCAACAUGGCUACCAAUUUCCUCCUGCAACACUGAGAGAGAGAGACAGACGGAGAGCGAGCGAGCGAGCGAGAGAGAGAGAACUUUGGUGUGAGAGCAGGAAAUCCGUAGACGCAAACUAAAGCAGAAGAGACGUGGUGGCAAAGGCAAAUAUUGCCUGUACAGGUAAAUACAAGGCACCGUGCUGCCGAUUGCGCCUCAAGACGGAACAGUUCUGACCCGCAGAGGAUUGGGAGCACAAAGUGGGACACCACGGGCGGGGGCGGGGGGGCCAGAUAUAGUGUAGCGUUCAACAACAACAACACAAAACCCACAUGUGUUGAUCUUUUCUACUUUCGCCCUGGUAAUAUAUGCAAAACACCACACAACAGAUACGCCAUAUAUUUUUAUAUAUACAGUAUUCAUCUCACACUGGAUUAAUAAGCCCCCCCCCUUGCUUGUAUUUAACUCCGUAGGAAGGUUAAACAGUCCAGGACGAUCGAAAAACUACAAAUACCAAGCACAUGACCUUUUUAGUACCUUCAUGCUAACGCUGGCUUCUUCUUUCAUAUUUGUUUGUUUCAUGUCAGAAAGUGCAAACGAAACGACCGCUCACAACAUUAGGUACACCUAUGCUAAAUAGUGACGCUGUCACCAAUUUAAAAUGUGACCAGUUUUGUUGUUCAGAAAAUAAACAAAAAACACUAAAAAAAAAUUAGUCACACGAUAAAUGAAAAUGAUAUAUACGUAUAUUUCCAUGUGUGCCUGUUUUUGUCGUCUUUCGCUUCCAGACAGGGAGAGUCACAGAGUGCAUUGGUUCGGUACCUACGUAUAUGUGUCAUGGAACAACGGCGAACAGAGUGAGACCACACAGUUUUGCAGUUGCUUUGUCUCUGAGUGUGAGGCGGAGACGGUCGGCAUACAAACACAACAGAAGAGCUGAGCCGCAUGAGAAGCAAUACAAGGUAACGUCGUAGGAUUUAGGAGGGAAAAAGUUGCAAAUACCAAACACCCCCCCCCCCUUGUAGGAAUAUUAAUAAUGAGAAAGGUGAGCCCUUAACACAAAUGAGCCAGUUUAGACAAUAUAGUUUUAUCAACAAAACAAACUUGCCCGGCAUCAAACAUGUCCACUUGACCCAGUUUUCCAAUCGGGGGUGGGGGGGGGGGACUACACAUCGAGACAUUUUGUCGGUAAAGUAAAUGCAAACAUAGAAUGCAAAAAAAAUUUUCAUAGAAAGAAAAAAAAUGCUGCUCUUUAAUACAGUUGAAAACCCAGCAUUUCAAGAAAUGCUGCCUAUGUUUGACAGACAGUAGGAAUUGCCUGUGAGAAAUGUCAACCAAACAACAGCAGUUCUGCAACUUUAGAGAGUGAAAGAUGACAUUAAAGGAAAUUUAUUAUUAUUAUUAUUAUGUAUGAACAUUAGUGGUAUUUGGACUCAAAAAAUGUUGACUGUAAUAUUCCCCCCACCCCCGUGUAGGAAUAUUAAUAAUGAGAAAGGUGAGCCCUUAACACAAAUGAGCCAGUUUAGACAAUAUAGUUUUAUCAACAAAACAAACUUGCCCGGCAUCAAACAUGUCCACUUGACCCAGUUUUCCAAUCGGGGGUGGGGGGGGGGGACUACACAUCGAGACAUUUUGUCGGUAAAGUAAAUGCAAACAUAGAAUGCAAAAAAAAUUUUCAUAGAAAGAAAAAAAAGCUGCUCUUUAAUACAGUUGAAAACCCAGCAUUUCAAGAAAUGCUGCCUAUGUUUCACAGACAGUAGGAAUUGCCUGUGAGAAAAGUCAGCCAAAACAACAGCAGUUCUGCAACUUUAGAGAGUGAAAGAUGACAUUAAAGGAAAUUUAUUAUUAUUAUUAUUAUUAUUAUGUAUGAACAUUAGUGGUAUUUGGACUCAAAAAAUGUUGACUGUAAUAUUCCCCCCUCCCCCGUGUAGGAAUAUUAAUAAUGAGCAAGGUGAGCCCCUUAACACAAAUGAGCCAGUUUAGACAAUAUAGUGGUAUCAACAAAACAAACUUGCCCGCAUCAAACAUGUCCACCUGACCCAGUUUUCCAAUCGGGGGUGGGGGGUGGGGCUACACAUCGAGACAACAUAUCGAGACAUUUUGUCGGUAAAGUACAUACCGUAAAGUACAACAUAGAAUGCAAAAAAAAAUUCAUAGAAAGGAAAAAAAAUGCUGCUCUUUAAUACAGUUUCAAGAAAUGCUGCCUAUGUUUGACAGACAGGAAUUGGGGCCACACAUCGAGACAACACAUCGAGACAUUUUGUCGGUAAAGUAAAUGCAAACAUAGAAUGCAAAAAAGUUUUUCAUAGAAAGAAAAAAAAUACUGCUCUUUAAUAUGGUUGAAAACCCAGCAUUUCAAGAAAUGCUGCCUAUGUUUCACAGACAGUAGGAAUUGCCUGUGAGAAAUGUCAACCAAAACAACAGCAGUUCUGCAACUUUAGAGAGUGAAAGAUGACAUUAAAGGAAAUUUAUUAUUAUUAUUAUUAUUAUUAUGUAUGAACAUUAGUGGUAUUUGGACUCAAAAAAUAUUGACUGUAAUAUGACAAUAUAUUUCAAACUUUACAUACAAACAUUUCAAAAUGUACCUAUAUUGUUUUGGUUGUUUUGUGACACCGCUACCUAAUAGCGCAAAUGCUAAAAUAAGAUCAUAAACUGCAAAUGAAAACUUUUAAAAAGUGAUUUAGAGUGCAUGAGAAAGUGGAAAGGAAAACGUAGCGCACUUUUGACCCCACGGCCUUUUAUGCACAGCGCCUCAGCGCUUCCAGUGGUGUACCUAAUCUUGUGGCCAGCGAGUCUAAAUCUCCAAAAGAUUUAUUUAUGUCCCCUAAUCUGCCUUUGCAGAUAUAUUAACGCAUCUGAAGCCCAACAACUUAAGUGUUUAAUUUAUUAUGCAAUAAAUACCAACAGCGGCUGUGCCUAAGCAUAGCGCAUACUACAGUACAGCGUGUUUAUAUAAUGAUAAUGAUGUACUACAGGCCGUCGUCAUGUAUUGUAGUUAGUGACGGGUACCAGUUUUGUGCGGAAUGCUAAUACGUGAGCACUUUGAUUUGUGGUCAGAGUGAGCUAAUCGUGUGUGAUGAUGGACAUGUUGCAUGGAUUCACUCUUGUGGCACACUGGAACAAAUCCUUCGCUGUGUGAAAUAAAUCAACUUGCCGACUGAA